AUAAUAUUGACAAUUUCGUCAUCACGUCUGUAAUAUAAGUAGUCCCAGAGAGCGGGGUGAAAAUCUGGUCUAAGAUCGCUGGAACGAAGACGUGCACGUCACUGGCAACGACAAUUAUGAACCGACAGGUACCUUUCUCAAGAUAGAUAAGAUUGAGCUUUGCAAUCCGGAUUUCACAGUAAGACGUCAAACUACAACAUUGUUUGAUUCAGUUGUACAAACUUGAUGUCGAACAUGUCUCUUUUAAGUAAUUUACACAUUGACUGUCAUGCGUGGAUCACAACAGCAGACGUUCGGUCAGAGUGUGAGUGCGCAGGCGUACUGUCGCAAUGGACAUGGUUGGCAGCAACCAAAACUGAUGACGGAUGAGCUUCAAUCAAAUUUAAUUUUAUCGUGGUUUCGUAAACAACGCGAUACUUUUAUGAUCGACGAACAUUUAUGGCCUUUUUUGAGUGCUUUCAAUUACUGAUACCAGAUACAGUACACCGCCGUCAGAAAUACGCUACAGAGAGCAAAGCGAAGCAGUCACGCCCAUAUGGUCCCAUAUACGCAGCUGAGCUCAUAAAAAUUGCUUUCGAUGCACCCUCUACUAAUUCCCCUCAGCCUCUGACUGAAAGCUAAAGAGCGAAGCACGCAGUGUAUUGGUAUUGCAUUUGCUGCAAGAUUAGAAUUUCGCAGUCAAUUAUACAAACAUGUUAUCAUUGCAGUGAGCUAAGGAUAGCUCAAAGGGUAAAAAAAGAGUGUUCAUGUUAUGCACCGCGUUCCUAUCUUACAGCUAACUCUUUGCAUAAUGUGCGAGAAUCUUGACAAAUAGCUGAUUUCUUUUUAAACUUCUCAGUCAAUCCGAGGAUUCAUACACUGCAUCGUUUUCACAAUAUUGCGGAGGUAUGGUGAGGUAAAAAGAAUCGUUUUCUCUCUGGAGAAUUCAUGUAAUUGCACUAAAAUGCAGGGGCAUAUAUCGCCACAAAGCCCAAGAACGCGAGUUUUUAGCUUUUUGAUCCUGUUAAGACACUUUCGCAUACAUUUGCCGCCCCGGUAUGAAAGGUAAUUCAAGAGUGUAGUCGAUUGCAAAAUAGACGCUCGUGAAAGAACAACCCACUAUUAUUAAUCGAUCACUACUCUUCUUUCAGCGUGUGAGUAUGCUUUCUCGCCAGCAUCACGUACUGCAAAAGUCAUAUUGAACAGUCUCGCCCUUCCAGCCCCAAUUUUAGCCUUUUUAAAUCGCAUAUAUGACUAUGUACCGGAGAGCAUGCUAAAUAAGCGCACGAGAGAAAGAAAUCCGAAGACAGUCUCUUUGCUCUAAGUGGCAUUUACGCAAUUUAUCUCUUAAUACUAACGAUAGAUUUUGCUAACUCAAAAAAAAAAUAUUCGCGAAAAAAAGGUGUUGUUGAUCACUUCAUAGUGGCAGUCCCGAAAUCUUGAGUGCAGGAUGUAUGUAAUUUAGUCUUAGCGCGCUGCAUCGGAUCAGCGUCUUUGUGACCGGCUAGAGGCGUUGCAAAGUUGAAGGAGGUUAUCCGCUAAUUCCUUUUAUUCGCGGCCACACAAAGGUAUUGAAUUUGACGUCUAUCCAUCGUACAGUUAUUGAGGAUGUUACAUAUGGUAAGCUCAUAAUUUGACGAAAGUUAGCAGACUAGUUCAACCUCUAAUUGGCGAAGUAUGCGCGUGCAUCAUUCCGCUUUCCCUGCCACGGAUGCUACAGCAUAACCGCGUAUAGCUUCAAGUCGAUGGCAUCUUGCCACGUCUUGACAGUAUGAGUACAAAUUCUGACUGUCCGAGCUAGCUUGUCUUAUUUUUUUACAAAGUCAAUGUCGUAAUUAUGAUAAUAGUCGGAGAAAUGCACAGAAAUAAAGACCGAUCCAAUCGCGAAGAAUUUUUAAUUUCAAAAGUUUUCCGCAUCGGGCGAUGGCCCUCGAGAAAGAACAAACGAUAAUUUACUUCGACAAAAAAGUCAUUAUCUAGCCACGCGACUUCGGCAAUAUCAAAUCUUUAAGCGUCCAAAAUGGGCAACAGAAAUUUGUAAAUUGUUUUUUGCGAGAGAUCAGAAUCUUUUCCAUUUACUCCUCUUGAAAAAAUUUCCUUAGACUAUCCAACAUUAUUUGUUAAGUCCAAAACUAGAAAUUUGGUACAUACAUGACCAUAUGUGGAGACAAGUCUAGUAAUAUAAGCCUUCCUUGUUAUACUUCUAGUUUUUCUCAAGUGAGUUCGAGACACCGGUUAUUACAAAUUUUGGAACAAAGAUGUAUGACAUUCUGAACGCCACGAGGACCUACCUCCACGGUAUGUACUCUCCGGUAUGAAAAAGAAAGGUGAGCCCUUGGAGCACAUAAACGCUUUCUCAUGUACAAUUAAGUCCAACUCCAAUUUAAUGUUUGUCACACUGUUCU